AUGAACGCGAGCCGCGGCCAGGCUCAGCUGGGUGACGUCUAUAUUCCGGCAGCGGCGGCGGCGGCGGCGGGCAGCCCUGCGGAGCGCCUCCUGGGAGAAGAGCGCUCCGGCAGCUGCCGGCGGGACGACGGCAUGGAGAGCCAGGCGGAGCAGCGCCUGGCGCCCGCCAGCGACCUGCCCCCCGGGCUCUACUCGUGCGCCGUGAGCCGGGACAGGCCGGGCAGCGAGAACGGCAGCAACACUCUGCCCGGGCCGGAGGGGGCGGCCGCCGCGGGGGGGGGCCCGGGGCACCGGACCACCUCCUUCUCCGUCCUGGACAUCCUGGACCCCAACAAGUUCAACAGCAAAGGCCGACGGCAGUGCGCCCUGCUCUACAAAGCCGCGGCGGCCGGCGCCGACUUCGCGCUGGGAGACGAGGAGAAGCCGGAGGCGGCGGGCGCCGAGCCCAAGGCCGGGGCCGACGACUUCCAGACGGCGGGCCGGAGGAAGCCCCCGCUCGACGGGCGCACAACGUCGCUUGGAUUUGGGCCCGACCGUCUGGGUAUCGGCUCCGCUUCCAGAGGCUGCAGGCGCGUGAAAGUUACAACCGAUCCUCGUGCAAGUCUGGGCGCCUUUGGAAGCUCCCGCCUUCGCCCAAGCCCGGAACCCCGGAACCCCGAGGUGGAGCCGGGCUGGUUUCGGAGCCGCUCCGGGGCGGGGGGCGUCCGGAGCUCCGCCAAGCACCGGAGGGGAAGGCUGCGCGGCUCCCCGGGCAAGGGCGCCCUUCUCCAGGAAACGGCGCCCUUCCCUCGCUCCCCCACCGGGUCCAAUCCGGGGUCCAGGCAAGGGGUGCCCCGUGGCUGCGCUGCGGCUGCGGAGGCUGGAAAGGGCGGGCGGGCGAGCGAGCGGGAGAAGGAGCCGCUUGGAGGCUUCUGGCCUUCCGCGGAUCACGACCAAGCGCCGGCAGCCCCGGCGGCCUUCGGAAAGGCUGGGCAGGGAGAGCGGAUCCCGGGCUCGGUGGUUGGCCCAGAAGCCUUGCUCGAGGCCCAGAGGAGGAAAGUGGCCGUCGGCAGCGGCAGCAGCGCCGUCGAGGCGGCUCGGGGGCUCCGCGCGGAGGAAGGGCAGAGCCCGCCGCGGCAGCAGGCCGGAGCCGCUCCGGGCCUCCCGCAACGGCCCCAGCCGCAGCCGUCGCCGCCCCAGGGCCAGGCCGCCACCCCGCCGUCGGCUGGGGGCAAAACCAAGCGGAAGCGCCCCGGCUCGGACUCCAAGUCCGGCAAGCCCCGGCGGGCGCGGACAGCCUUCACCUACGAGCAGCUGGUGGCGCUGGAGAACAAGUUCAAGGCCACCCGGUACCUGUCGGUCUGCGAGCGCCUCAACCUGGCCCUCUCGCUCAGCCUCACCGAGACGCAGGUCAAGAUUUGGUUCCAGAACCGGCGCACCAAGUGGAAGAAGCAGAACCCCGGCGCCGACACCAGCGCCCCGACGGGCGGGGGCGGCGGCGGGGGCGGCGGGGGCGGCGGGGUGGGGGCCGGCGGGGGCCCGGGCGGCCUGUCCGGGGCGCUCAGCCCGCUCAGCCACUCGCCGCCCAUGGUCAGCCACGGCCUGGCCAUGCACGGCCCGCCGGGCGCCUACGCCGGCCACUCGGCCGGCGGGCUGGUCUGCGCCGCCCAGCUGCCCUUCCUGCCCGGCCCGGCCGCCGUGCUCUCGCCCUUCGUGCUGGGCUCGCAGACCUACGGCGCGCCCGCCUUCUACACGCCGCACCUCUGA